AUGUCUUCGCUAACAUCUCUUGUUCCAUUUGACUGGUUCGAAAUUCAUAGUAGUUCUCGUUCACCUCAGUUACGUGUCGGCCAUUCGAGCACAUUCGUUCCUUCGUCUUCAACUGUCUAUGUUCUUGGUGGAGCGAAUCCAUCGGAAUGUUUUGCAGAUGUUCAUUCACUUGCACUUCCAUCCAAAACAUCGGAAACAUUUCUUUGGACGAAAUUACUGGCUGAAGAUCCGGCACUUCGACGUUAUGAACAUUCUGCUGUUUUAUCUACAGAAAAUCCGGAUCAAGUCGUUUUCUUCGGUGGUGCUGAUACAGAAAAUAAUCACAAUGAUGUUCAUGUGUUUAAUAUUUCAACGAAAACAAUCGAAAAUUGGACACCGAAAGAUAAUAAACUAGUAUCACCACGAACUCAUCAUUCAAGUUGUUGUGUUCAACAUGGUUUGUAUAUAUUCAGCGGUGGUUUUCAAGGAGUCAAAUCAGUAGAUGACUCUGAGUUAUAUCGUUUUGAUUUAGUUUCCAAAACAUGGUCGUGUGUUCCAGCACAUGGAUCACCGCCUGAGCAGCGUCAUGGUCACUGUUUGUUAUCACUUGACAAUGCGCGUCUCUACCUUCACGGUGGUAUGGACGGACGAACAUUUUUUUCAUCACUCUAUUCUAUUGAUCUAACUCAAAAGCCGCCCAGAUGGAACGAACAUCGUUCGUCGUCGUCUUGUCCCAUGGCACGUGCAGCACAUGGUGGUGUUUCCAUUGAAAUAACAUCAACAUUAUUCAUCUUUGGUGGAUUAUCACGAAGUGGUCAAGCACUUAACGACACAUGGUCGUGGUCGACGAAGAGUGAACAGUGGACUGAGAUCAUCUGUCGAAAUGUGCCCAAAGCAAGACUGGAUUUUGCAUAUUGUCUUAUCGAAUGUAAAGAUAAGGAGGAAGAUUCCGAAAAAAGCAUACCGAUGAUGUUUGUUCACGGAGGAACUGACACACAGGGAGAAGUUUUUGAUGACUGUUUUUUAUUACGGUUAACAUUUGAUAGCGAUCAAUAA